ACAACCACAGAAAGUAGAUACUGUACAACCACAGAAAGUAGAAACUGUACAACCACAGGAAGUAGAAACUGUACAACCACAGAAAGUAGAAUCUCAACAUCAUUGUCCUACAGCCUACACGGGUAUAAAAUCCAAUUCACUAUACAAUUCGUCCCUUAUCAAGUCCUGGUCACAACGUUCAAACCACCAGCAUAAUCAAAAGAUGAAGAUGGCAGGAUCCUGUUUAUCAGCAGCCCCCGCCUGGAUUAAAGAGAAUAUGCUUCUAGUUGCAACAUUCUCAGGUGUACUGGUUGGUGUUGUUGCUGGAAUGUUACUGCGCCCUCUGGAACUGACAGAGGAAACCAUACUACUGCUGGCCUACCCAGGGGAACUCUUUAUGAGGCUUCUCAAGCUGAUGAUACUACCCCUAAUUACUGGAUCUGCUAGUCUCAAUGCUAAGAUGAACGGCAUGAUAGCCCUGAGAACCAUCGUAUACUUCAUCAGCACCUCCCUGCUCUCUGCCCUUGUUGGUCUGGUCCUGGUUAUCCUGGUGCACCCAGGAAACCCGGAGACAAAAUCCCUUCUUGGAUCAGGAACCACAGAGGAGAAGAAGGUUGAUAUUCUGGACAAUUUCCUGGAUUUGGGCAGAAAUAUAUUCCCGGACAAUAUAUUCCAGGCUGCAUUCAUCUCGGCUGGAACCAAGUAUGAUAAAGUACUGCUCCCCAAUUCUACAGUACAGUACAUCAAAACUCUUGGUACAAGGAACGGAACAAACACCCUCGGUAUAAUCUUCUUCUGUCUGUGCUUCGGUACAGUACUUGGUUCAUUACCUACUCGGCAGGGGUCUCCUGUUAUUCAUUUCUUCAAGGUUAUUGACGAGGUAAUAAUGAAAAUGACUACUGGCAUCAUGUGGUUUUCUCCUCUGGGCAUAAGUUCUGUAAUCUGCGGAAAAAUUCUGGGAGUUGCGAAUAUUAUGAAAGUGAUGUCCCAGCUCGGUCUCUUCAUUGCUACAGUCUGCUCCGGUAUCUUUAUAUACCAGUUCACAUUCUUACAGGCGAUAUACUUUGUGUUUGUGAGAAAGAAUCCGUUCAAAUUCUGGUGGAAUCUACUUCAGUCCUGGAUGACCGCAUUCGCUACAGCAUCAACAGCCGUUGCUCUUCCCAUCACCUUCCAGUGCAUGGAGAAGAACAAAGUUGAUAUCAGGAUUUCCAAAUUUGUGCUGCCCAUCGGUGCAACUGUGAAUAUGGACGGAACUGCGCUGUUUGUAACGGUCGCCUCCAUCUUUAUCGCUCAAAUGAACGAUAUUCCACUCAACGCUGGUUCUUACGCAACUGUUGUGUUGACCUCUACAGCUGCAAGUGUAGCGUCUGCAAGUGUACCAAGUGCAGCUCUGGUUCUCAUGCUUAUUGUACUCUCUGCUAUUGACGCUCCGUAUCAGGACGUUUCUCUGCUCUGGGCAAUAGAUUGGUUUGUGGAUCGGUGCCGUACAACUAACAACAUGCUCGGAGAUGCGUAUGGGGCUGCCAUAGUGGAAGCAUUGUCAAAGAAGGAGUUGGCCCUGAUGGAUGCUGAAAAGGAGAUGGAGGAGAGGAAGGAAAAGGAGAAGGACGAGGAGGCCAACAUCAACUUCCUCAAGGAGUCAAUCGGAUCAAAGAUGUUUUGUAACGGGUGUAGUAUUAGAAUAAACAAGGAUUCUGAAGAAGAAGACCUCAUUGGAACUAAAUCUCUCUCCAAUGGUUCAACUGUAGCUGUACAUGAGGUCAUCAUCAUUGAAAAAUCUGACAAUCUGAAAAUGGUUGGAAAGCCAGAAAAGGGCAAGUUUGCAUUGUAGGAUGGAACACAAUAUAAGAUGAGAAAUAUCAACACUAUACACUAUACACACGGUAUACAGGAAGUUAGUCAAAUUAGUAAUCAGACAAAUAUAAACUACUACGCCAUGCUUAUUAAACUUAUCGACUACCCUGAAUCAGUGUAAAUCUAAUGGCUACGUUUAAAUAACAUCAGUCAACAUUUA